AUGAUGGGUGGUGGAUGCUUCGUUUUUAUGCUUCUGCUCACCGGAAUCUCGGCCUUGACAUGUCCAGCUGCCGAUCAUCCAAUGUUCCAGUGUUCAGUUUCAACAAUGUUCAUAAUCGAUGCUUCUUUCCAUGCAAAAACAGUCGGAAACAUAAACACUAUGUUCGAUUAUCUGGAAAGCCGCAUUUUACCCAAAUUUGGUUUCAUCAAUUAUCAAAGUGCUAAUCUAGCAAUUAUAGGAUCAAAACUUGAAGGUUUCACCACAACUUCACAAUAUAACCUAGCUUGUCAUGAAGCGGAAGUGUUGCGUAAAGAUGCUAUUCUUCACGGACUUCAAAAUGUCACCUUGGCUGACUCUAUACAAACACUUUUCAAGGAUUUAGGAGCCGGAUACGAUGAGCCUAUCGUUCUGUUCACUGCAAACGAUGAUGCUGAUGAUAUCGAGAAGGCUGGUGAUUUUUUGAGAGACAAUUACGACACUACUCAAUUCACAAUUGUUGCUUUCAAUUCUUCGUUCAGUACUUGGAGAUCUUUCCAUACCUAUGGAUUCUAUUCGGUUACAUACGAUAAUAUCUUUGAUCAACAAGGACUAGAAAAUUGUAUUUUGGCUUAUUCAUGCCGGGUUGAAAUGGAUUAUUGCAGCGAUCGUUUGGUUCCUUCCAAUACAACUCAUGCGACAUACACUGUCAUUCCUACAUACGCCAACCCCGUAGCUGCCCCAUUCCAAUGUACAUGUGAUCUUCAAAAAGUUUGGAAUGAUGUGAUUAUACUCAUGGAAGUUUCUUGGGCUGAGGGCCUCACAGGUGUUAAUACUUCUUGGACUUUCAUGCAAGAGGUGUUCAGUCCAUUCAAUAUUCAGAAAAGCUCCCCAUCCAACCAGUUCUUCAUGAAAAUUGGAGUUGUGAAGUACGGUGAUGUGGCAGCUGUAGAAAACUCUUUUGGAUCGAUAUCUGGUGCAGAUCUCCAGAAAAAGAAAGUUCCUUCCAUGAGUGGAAAUGGAGCAUCUGUUGAAAAGGCCAUUCGUGUCGCUAUUCAACAAUUCUCAACGAAAGCAGCUCGUUCAAAUUCUAGAAAAACCAUUGUUAUCUUUGGUUCUGACUUCACAGGCGAUCAAGCAGAGCUCGCGAAGGCUAAGCAUGAUUUCUUACAAAUGGGUGGUUCAUUCAUUGUCUAUGAUGUCAAAAACUCUUUGAAUCCUCUGCUGUAUGAUUUGACACCAGCCGUAGUUCCAUACGAGGAUAACGGCACUAUGAUCCAACAAGCAUUAUGCAACGCAAACUGCUAUUGUCCAUCAAACAGCAUUAGUUACUUCUCCAAAGAUGGAAAUCAAGCUGGAGGAUGUUAUGUUGCCACUACUGUUAGUAAUAAGAUCCUAUCAAAUAAAGUUUGCAGUCAGAAGCAAGGCUUCUUGGCUAUAGAUGAGAACGGCUCAAAGACACAGUUCAUUCAAAAAGAAUUCCAAGCAUACUCCGCUGCAUGGAUUGGAUUGACGUACGAUCUUUCCUCAAAAAGAUAUAUUUGGGCGGAUAAUUCAACUUUAUCUACUGCAUAUGCCCCAUGGUCUUCAACAUACGUCAUGCCACCGACUGCAGAUCAGAACUGUGUUGCAUUGACGAAUGGAACUUGGGUCCAAACCGACUGCAGAAAUUCAUUACCGGGCAUCUGUGAGAUACCCCCAUGUGAUUCUACCCGUAUGUGUUAG